CCUGUCAUUGCAUUUGUUACGUUACGUCCGCAACUCAAGAAGCUAUUGCUUGCAUUCUUUCUAUGGACUGACGCUGUCCAUAAAGACUGCAUCCUGUCGUCUCACACGUGAGCAGCUCGGUUGAAACUAACAUUUGCACAGCUUCUUCAGGAAGACCAGGUCAUCCCGCGCGCAACGAUGGGAGUCUCCAAGGGAACCGGUCUUUGUACCCUGACUUGGGUGCUAUUGUCACUCUUUGCCAAUGCCGCAGCAGCCGCCGGCGUGAAGAGUAUUUUCCUCUUCAAGGAUGUUCUGCAGUCGAACACCACAGCUCUCAAGACCUCCGGCUUCGACACCCUCCUCAUAUUCCGCAUCGGUCUCCUCGAUAAUGGCGAUCUCGUUUACUAUUCAACCGGAGAUGCGGGCGAGGCAGUCGACGCGCCCGUAGUGACGAAUGGCUCAUAUGUUGGUGGGACCGCGUUGGCGGACAAGGUCAAGUCCUUCAAGACGGGCACAACCAACAUCAACAGGGUGGAGAUCUCGCUGGUGUCACAUGACACGACAUUCCAGAUCAUCCGCGACUUGAUCAACGCAGACGGGACAGGGUCUGACACAAAGUUGUACAAGAACUUUGAGGUACUGAAGGUAGAGUGGGAUCUUGACGCAUUCAACAACGACGAUGAGGGUGUCUAUGACGUGGCAAGCACAGUCAAUUUUGCCCAGAUGCUCGGGAAGAUGGGGUACAAGUAUUCCAUUGCGCCAUACACCAACAGUGGCUUCUGGGCGAACGUCAGAACACAAGUUGAAUCCGCAAACCCUGGUCUGUUCGAUAGGGUGUACCUUCAAGUCUACGAUGGCGGAGCUGGCAACAAUCCUGGAACGUGGCAGACGACCCUCGGCAUAAAGGUGAUCCCUCUUGUGUGGGUGGUCAAUGACGCAAAGCCGUCUCAGGGAACGACUGCGGCUCAAGCCCAGCAACGAUUCGCAAGCUGGUUCUCGCAAUACGCCGUGGCGGGCGGUGGGUACUGGAACGACUACGACAUCGAAAAGAUGGACUCGUCUUACACGGAUUAUGGAGCUGCACUCACUAGUGUCUUCUAAUGCAGAGUGCGCAAUAUCUCCCUCUCUCUUCUGUUAUCAUACAUAUGUCAUUUACUCUCAGC